AUGAUUUCAGCUGAUGAGUUUGCCAAGUUUUCUCAGUAUCAAGAAUCAUUGAAAUCCUCAUCUACUUCCAUCACUGCUCUCAUUGAGUCAGACUCUGUCUCCCUUCCUGCAACUAUUCAUGAAGCCUUAUCUCAUCAUGGCUGGCGUGAUGUUAUGAUGGAAGAGAUGAAUGCUUUAGAUGUUAAUGGUACUUGGACCUUGGUUGACUUACCUACUGGAAAGAGACAUAUUGGAUGCAAAUGGGUGUUUGCUGUUAAAGUAAAUCCUGAUGGGUCAGUGGCUAAGCUUAAAGCUUGUUUUGUAGCUAAAGGCUAUGCUCAAACUUAUGGAAUGGAUUAUUCUGACACUUUUUCCCCUGUGGCUAAAUUGACUUCUGUUCGCUUAUUUAUCUUUGUGGCGGCUACUCAUUCUUGGCCAUUAUAUCAGUUGGACAUAAAAAAAUGUCUUUUUACAUGGUGA